AUGGCACCAAGUAUACCGAUUCCCACUCAAGGUGGGAUGUUUCAUACCUUCCAAGGAGUCACUCCUCGGAAACAGUCCACCGACUCUACGGAGAGUACAAAGUCAAACGGCAGCGGCACAGCUAAACGUAUUACUACACCACAUGCAUGCGCUGAAUGCAAGCGUAGGAAGAUUCGAUGUGAUGGCCAACAACCAUGUGGUCAAUGUCUCUCGAGCCGAGCUCCAAAGCGAUGCUUUUAUGACAAGCACCGCCAAAGAGUAAUCCCAUCAAGGAAGACUCUUGAAGCAUUAUCACAAUCUUUAGAGGAAUGUCGGUCAAUUAUCAAGCGGCUUUUCCCAAACCACGAAGUUCAGUCGCUUUUACCCUUACCUCGUCAUGAGCUACUUAGUCUCCUUGACCGACCGCAAAUUGACGCAGCCGUGGGACUUCCAUCACCACCGUUACAUACUUCUCCUAUGCCUGGCGAUAUUGGAUCGCCUUCUCUCUCAGGGUCCGACCAGGGCCUUUCCAGCUUAGAGCAAAUGCCAUCUCGAGAUAUCGAAUGGGACGAGGAGCGCCGAGGACGAGACCCUAUACCCGUCGAGGCAGACGAUGUUAAUGCUCUUUCUCUAUCAGUCGACCGUCAAGCAUCAUAUUUGGGUGCCUCAUCCAUCAAAGCAGCACUCAUGGUGAUGCUAAAAGUCCAACCGGGCCUCCGAAGCUCCCUCACACCACCACUCAACAGCGUAGAAAUGGCGCACAAUCUUCCAAUAAUGAGACAAAAAGUCACGAAUCCUAAAGAGCCUCAACGAGUGCCAUGGUCAUGGAAAGGCCAAACUUUAAUCGACGCCUACUUUAAGCGAGUACACGUAUUUGUUCCUAUGCUAGAUGAGGCUUCAUUCCGAGCGGACUACCUCGAAGGACAACGAUACGACGCCCCCUGGCUCGCACUUCUUAACAUGGUUUUUGCCAUGGGAUGCAUUGCCGCUCUCAAAUCCGACGACUAUAACCAUCUGAACUACUACAGCCGGGCCAUGGAAUAUCUCCCCAUGGACUCCUUCGGCAGCAGCCACAUCGAAACCGUCCAAGCUCUAGCAUUAAUAGGAGGAUACUACCUACACUACAUUAACCGACCUAACAUGGCAAACGCCGUCGUUGGUGCUGCUAUCAGAAUGGCUAGCGCUCUCGGACUUCACCGAGAAAGUUUAGCUCACGGUCCUGCUGGUACGAGCAAGGAAAUUGCAGCUGCAGAAACAAGAAGACGUACUUGGUGGAGUUUAUUCUGCCUUGAUACCUGGGCUACAACUACUAUGGGCCGCCCGUCAUUCGGCCGAUGGGGCCCUGCUAUCAACAUCCGCCCACCAGAGACUGGCGUCACUUCUGCGCGAGACUCGGCACAGCACGCGGGUAUCUUACCUUUGAUCGAGAACAUCAAGUUCUGUAAAAUUGCCACUGCCAUCCAGGAUAUGUUGGCAAUUUCCCCCCUACUACGUGCCGAGGACCGUUGCAACCUCGAUGGCCAACUGGUUAACUGGUUUAGUAACUUACCUUGGCUACUACGCACCAGUGACCCCUGCGCCGAACCCUUGUACAUCGCCCGCUGCAUCAUGAAGUGGCGCUACCAGAAUCUGCGUAUGCUACUGCACCGCCCAGUCCUUCUGAAUUUAGCCAGCAGUGGCGCAUCACACGCUGCUGAGCAUGACAUCGCCGCCAUCGAGGCGUGCCGCGACUUAGCUACAGACCAUCGAGGAUAUUUCCCCCCCCGCGUGCCUGACUGGCAAAAGCAGAUCGAGACCAUUCUGGAACUUCUUGAGGCCAUGGAAGACUGGUCGCUGGCAGCACGUCGCUCCCGCGAGGUCGUCUGGCGCAUGUACGAGGCAUCGCGGCAGUUAGAGCCCGCUAUUUUAAGGCAGCAAAGUCCCAUUCAGAGGCUGCAAGUUGCAACUGAUCACGCCGGUAUCAUGAACCCCAUGAGCGACGGCUCGGAAAUACACAUGUCGCCUAUCGGCCUCGAACCCGAGGGCUUCGGUGGCAUGAUGGGCAUGCUGGACCAGCACGGCCUGUGGGACCUAGACGGCAUGCUCUGGGGCGCGCCCGACAGAUGGAAUGGGCACAGCAGCACUUCGGCGGCAACGGCAAUAUACACGACACGACACGGCCGGUGGCUGCGGGCUAAUGGGUCAGCUCGGCGCCUAUGGCAUCGAUAA